AUGUCGAAGUUGCAGCAGCCAGUACGGCCAACAGCGGCGUAUAAUCGCAGUGUCGAGGGUCUGAGAGAUCAAGAAUAUCCCAUGCUCAAGGAUAAAGUGUACCUCGACCAUGGCGGCGCGACGCUCUAUGCCAAGUCCCUCAUCCAAGAGUUCUCAAACGAUCUGAUCACAACUUUGUACGGAAAUCCACAUUCAGAUUCUUCCCCAUCUCAUCUAAGUGGUACCCGAGUGGAUGCCAUACGAGAGCGGACGCUGCGCUUCUUCAACGCAGACCCUCGGGAUUUCGACUUGGUCUUCACGGCAAAUGCCACGGCCGCCAUCAAGUUGGUCAUGGACUCCUUCCGAGAUUUCGCCAUCCGCAACGCAACGCGUGGAUUCUGGUACGGAUACCACCGCGAUGCUCAUACCAGUCUUGUCGGAAUCAGAGAGGUCACUGAGGGCUUGCAUCGUUGCUUCCAUAGUGAUGCAGAGGUGGAAGAGUGGAUUGACGAGGAGGACGACACGUCUUCUGUGGACGAGAAGAGGCAAGUAAGACUCUUUGCGUACCCAGGUCAGUCGAACAUGACGGGCCGCCGUUUGCCUUUGACUUGGCCGAAUCGAAUCCGGCAGUCCAAGCGUAGUAAAACUACGUUUUCCCUUUUAGAUGCCGCAGCGUUAGCCACAACCGCGCCGCUCGACCUAAGUGUCGAAUCUGAAGCCCCUGACUUCAUCACUAUCAGCUUCUACAAAAUCUUUGGUUUCCCUAAUGUAGGCGCACUAAUCGUCCGCAAGCGGGCAGGCCACAUGCUCCAACAAAGAAGGUACUUUGGAGGAGGUACUGUCGACAUGGUAGUCUCUCUCAACGAUACCUGGCAUGCCAAGAAAGACUACUCUCUCCACGACCAGCUUGAGGAUGGCACACUCCCCUUCCAUUCUAUUUUUGCGCUGGACCACGCCAUGUCUGUCCAUCAGCGACUGUAUGGUUCAAUGGCCCGGAUAUCGGCCUACACAGCUUAUCUCAGCAAGCUACUCUUCGACGGCCUCUCCGCCCUUGCACACCCCAAUGGCCAACCGGCAAUUCAGAUCUACAAAGACGACUCCGCCGUCUACGGCGAUCCAAAGACCCAAGGCGCCACCAUCGCCUUUAAUGUGCUCCGCGCCGACGGCACACCCGUCGGCUAUUCUGAUGUUGAGAAGGGUGCGGACAGACACGGCAUCUACGUGCGCAGCGGCGGGCUCUGCAACCCAGGCGGCUUCGCCACCUACCUAGGCUGGCAACCUUGGGAGAUGAAAGCGGCCUACACAGCGGGACACCGGUGUAGCCGGCCGACUCAGAUAAUGCAGGGGAAGUUGACAGGGGUGGUCAGGGUGAGUCUGGGUGCAAUGAGUACGAUCGCGGAUGUAGAAAGGUUGAUGGCGUUCCUCACGGAGACCUACAUUCAGCACAGGCUUGAUUCAGAGCAAGUGAUUAUUCACUUGGUACCAACGUCGAAGACUGUGUUGUUCGCGUCUGGGGUGGUGACGGCGCCAGAAGAGGAUGCUGCGGGAGGGCGUGAGCUGAAGAGGCCUUCGAAAGCGAGGAGAUGA